AUGUACCUGAAUCUCAGAGUUGACAUUCACUUAGCUACUACUACUACUACUACUACUACUACUACUACUACUACUACUACUACUACUACUACUACUACUACUACUACUACUACUACUACUACUACUACUACUACUACUACUACUACUACUACUACUACUACUACUACUACUACUACUACUACUACUACUACUACUACUGAGUCCUGA